GCCUUCAAGUUUUAUUCCUAUCAGUUUUGCAAUGCAACUCUGCGUAUAAUCUUCAUGUAACCAGUUCAAGUCUGUAUUCCUAUGAGCAUUGAAUUUGUUGGGACAUAUUCACAUAGACAUGUCCUACAUUAGCAGUCAAGUGUGCAAGCCUAGCCCAAUGACCUAUUCAUACCAAAAGGGUUAUAUCAAUUGAUAAAAUGUGGAGAAUUAACAAUUUCAUUAGGGGUGUCAAGUGGGCAACGGGCAGGGGUGCAUGCAGCGUGAGUACCGGGUUCAACUGAUCCAGUACUUUCAACACAGAGCAUAGACCUUAAAUCUUGGAUUCACCUCUAGAAAGGGGUUCCAUCUCAUCAUGGAACGGGAUAGAACAUAGGGGGACAGUUCAAAAAGAUUCAUAUAGCUAACUCCAAGUAGUUCAGGAUUUGAGAACACUUAUUAAUUGAUGAGUUAUGUCUUUCAUGCUGUUUUGUUUCUUGAAGACAUGAUUUGUUGAUUCCGACGCCCUCCUUUUGUUUCCUAUUGCAAGUGCUUUUGUGAAUGUGUAAAGAGAUAAUAUCUCACGUUUCUUUGUUUCUAUUGAUUGACAGCAACUUGCAACAUCUGUGACAAAAGCUCCAAGACAAAAUGGGUAUUCCAAAGAUUUCAAAUGACAUUGACUUGCUUCACCCUCCUGCUGAGCUUGAGAAGCAAAAGCACAAGCUUAAGCGUUUGGUCCCAUCACCUGAUUCUACUUUUCUGGAUGUUAAAUGUCCAGGCUGCUUCCAAAUAACAACAAUUUUCAGCCACUCACAAACCGUGGUUACAUGCGCCAACUGCCAGCAAGUGCUCUGCCAGCCAACUGGUGGACGCGCAAAACUUACUGAGGGAUGCUCUUUUAGGGUUAAAGAGAAGGCUAUGAUGAUCGUGGGUUGAUGUUUGCUAGAGGUUCUGGUUAAAGCUAUGACAUACUAUAAACUAGGUUUUUGAAGAAUGAGUUGGUUAAAGAGAACUUUUCCUUUGCUCAGUAGUUCUUUUUUGUUUUGAGUUCUGACUUUAAUGAAUACUUCGGCUAUCAUAUUACUCUUACCACAUUUUGAAGUACUUAAUCAUCUUCCUGAUAUUGAUUCUAACAUUUUUCAGAAGAUACUUCAUGUUUGUGCAUUUA